AUGAACCCGCAGCAAGUAGUCUUGACCCAGCUUCAGCAAUUGAAACAAGAUCAGAACCUCUUAGCUCGUCAAUUGGCUGACAUGGAUUCGACACUGAAAGAACAUCGUGUAGUGUUGGACGUACUUGCGAAGGUUGAACCAACACGUAAGUGUUUCCGUUUAGUCAACGGUGUAAUGGUCGAGCGAACAGCCUCCGAGAUUAUUCCCGCCGUCAACAAAUCGAUUGAACAAAUCAACCAAGUUAUGGAGCAACUCAACGAAAGUAUCAAAUCAAAAACAGCUGAAAUUAAUAAAUUCAUGGAACACUACAAGAUCCAACAGAAAGACCAGCCAAUCAUCGCCCAGCCUUAA